GUCUUGUAAGAAGAUUUAUUUGUGCUUUCUAUUUUAUUGCCGCUGCUGAGGUACACCUCGCAGUGUUGUAAGUAUCGAAUUCCGAUAGAAAACACAGACGGAUAAUUACCUUGUCCUCUGACUCUGUACUUGUCUUGCAUAAAGACGAGGCAGUUUUAAAGUUUUGGAUACAACGAUCAAGCGACAUUUUUUCUACAAAGCUACUAACUUGAACAUUUGAGAACAAGUCUGUAUGAAUGUACAAUGACAUCCAGUUCUUGUCCUGAAGAUAUUUUACCUCAGCAACUACAGGACCACAAACCGGGAAGAUGAUGAGGAGGUGGACACCGACCCGUGCUUUUUUCUUCCAUUCGCUGCUCGUACUUCUCCUGCAAACCGCGGAGGUCGUGGUCGCCGCUAAUGGUCGUCGGAAAAGUGGCACGAAAGGCGGUGCACCGAUCAAAAGCAGCACUUCCGCAUCAAAAGGAGGACGCUCGUCUACUUUGUCGUCUUCGCACCACAAGGGCAAAAAUGAAGCAGAAUCGCGUACCAGCACGGCCGCUCGUCGGGUGCAAGAUGAGCAUCAACAAGAACCACAAGACAAUUUGCAGGUCGUAAGCGAUGAGAAUCAGUCGAUUGAGGUGGAGCAGGGGAUCGACCCUAGCUUCUACAUCCCGCGUCUUGGGUUUUGUGCGAACCUCGAGGACAUUCAGAGCAACGUGUCCCAGUACAACAGUACUGCAGCUGGCAGUGGAACCACGUCCUCCACUGCCAGCCAAACGAAGACGAUUUUCCUGCAGCCGUUCUUCAGUGCGGACUACGUGAACCGGCAUGUGAAGCACAACGUCGUUGACACGGCGACCAACAACGCCGCGGACUUUGACUACAAGCAGGUGUUCGACACCGCUAGUGCCGUGACCGCCCUCGGAGGCAGUCUCAGUAUGGGCAGCAUGGCGAGCCCGGCGCUGCAGUUCUCCGGGACCUUCAAUUUUUCCGAGUCGAAGUCCAAAGCCGUGCAGACGACCACGCACUUCCUCAAGUGGAAGCACGUCAAGGGCCAAAAGCAAUUCCAGCCCCGGAAAUGGACGCGCGAAGACACCAUCUUCGCGAAUGUUGUUUCUAGUACAAGAACUUCUAGACCUGUUCAAGCUGCUGAUCAUACAGCUCCACCACUUCAUCACACGACGUGCACGCACUACGUGAGCAGCAUCCAGUACGGAUCCAGCGCCACCGGGAUGGUGCAGGUGAAGGUGGAGAGUGCGAACAGCAGCGGCAGUAUCGGCGGGAAGUUGCAGGUCAACCUGCUCGGCGGCCUGGUGCACGCCGAGGGGAGCCUGAGCGGCAGCCAGGAAAAAAGCGAACUGAAGACCACGUAUCUGGCGAAAUUUUCCACCAAGGGUCCACGCAGCACCCGCGCCGCCGUGUUCCUGGACGCGCAGGAGAAGACCGACGCCUUUCUGCAGGACUUGAAGGACACCGCGGAGGGCGUGAAUUUGCCGGGGAAGCUGGCCAACCGCGCCACCGAGGACGCGCCCGCGCAGCAGACGCCCGGCGUGGUGCUCGGGUACACGCUGUCGCCCCUGCUGGCGGCCUACGACCACGAGGCGGCGCAGCGGGACGCGCGGAACAAGGCUGUGGAGUUUCCGCAGUUCCUGACCGCGACGAAGCAGAACCUGCGGGCGAAGGUCGAGCGGGACCUGCACAACCUGCAGCUGCUGGAGACCUACCUGGACGACGAGAUCGUGCCCAGGAACCGGAAAGCGAGCGGGUUCGCGCUGACCAGCACGAGUUUGAAGGAGCAGAUGCAGGUGAAAUUCGAGGUGCAGAUGCACGUGGAGGACCUGAAGCUCGCGAUCAGCGAGGUGCGGGGACUGCUGCUCGGGAAAAUCGUCCGCAACCUGCGCAGUACGGAGGCGGAGAGCAAGCAGAACCUGCAAGGCCUGGACGUGUUCCAGGCCUACGAGAAGCUGCGGCUGGAAAAGAACCUCAACGCCUUCCAGCCGGGCGUGGAAAACUGGACCCAAAUCAAGUGCGGAGAUAAAGUAGCAGAACCAGCGCAGAAUAAUGCUUCUAAAGGGGAUGAUCAUGGUGCUGCUGCUCAGCUUUCUGGCUACUACGCGCACGAUUCCGCGCAGAAGCUCGGGAAGCUGCUGCAGCGCCAGCAGACCUACUUCGCGUCGCACUCGGAUCUGGCCACCGGGGUGAACACUAAGCUGACCGAGUUGCUGCUCGGAAAGGAAAAGGAGGAAAAUGAUACUUCCAAAUCGCUGCAGCGGACUGGUCUGUACGUGAACUUCACGAAGUCCGCCAUGUAUGCGUCGCAAUGGCAGCAGCAAAGGACGGACAAAGGGGACACGAAGUGCAACCCGCACUGCUGGCUGUUUUGCGACAAAUGCAAGUUCCGCGACUAUCAUGCCGUGCAGGUGCCGAACCCGAACGACGUGAAUGUCCUGCUGUUUUCCGCGCAGCAGCGCAUCUUGAGCAAUCUGGAGGACCUCUACUACAACAAGCUGACCAAGGGCAUCCAGCAGAGCGGCCUCGCGAAAGUCAACGUGGACAAGGUACUAGGCAAUAAAGAUGGUAAAGAUACAGCAAAAGAUGGUCGUGAUGAUGAUGAUGAAAAUAAAGACUCCUCUUCUGACAAGGCAGAACCUUUGAAGAUGACGGAGUUCACAUCGUUGGUGAAGAAUCUCGUCGACCUAUCGCGCGCCGACUACCAGAACCAGGGGUACGCGAGUCCGGACCCGUCCCACCCUACAAAUGCGCUCCCGGAUCCGCUGACCAGUCCACCAGGGACAAAAUACGUGAACGGGAUUCUGGAUCCCCGGAAUUUCGCGUUGCGGAUCAAUGCGGUAGCGCGGGAGAUCUGGCAAACGUUGAUGGUCAGCGGAUACAGAGCGAAAAUAUACUCCGCCUCGUCUUCUACGGCAGUCGGAUGAAGAUGAAACUUUUGGUGCCACGAUAGUACAACUAGUACUGAUAUGCCGAUAAAAUUACGAGUUAGUAACAUGUAAGAGUAAAAAAAAGGGGUGUAAUUCGCAAGUGACAUAGAUAGUAUGGUAUCUUCUACUGUACGGUGAAGCUAGAAGUGCGGGGGCACUGACAUUAUGCAGCGGGGAUAGAGGAAGAGGUAUCUCGCCAGGGAUGAAAGAGCGCGCUGCAGUUAGCCUCUAGCAUGUUGAAGGAGCAUGGAUAGUUGUAAUAGUACUGCUCCUUCGGUCUAGGUGCAAAUGCAAUGACAAAAGUUAUGUCGUGGCAAAGAUUCUGGAAGGAGCUAGACCGGUACAAAACGUGUGUAUGAUUCUCUACCCAAGUUGACCACUAUAAUUCACCCAUUCGUUGACAGACAUAUGACGUUAUUUCAUGCGUGUGGCGGUUGCUCUUGCGCUGGGCAUGCAGUUGCACAAAGAAAUAAAGCACGACAGUGGUGAUAGUAUCGUGAUGGACCGAUAUACGCUUGAAAAAUUGGAGCAGCUGCAGUCGAGCACCAGCCGUGUACCAUGGAGUAACUAGUACAGAGAACGAAAAUUGGAGUAUUUCUGCA